CUCGGUGAUUCUUUGAUCUCGUGGGUUGUUCACCGCUCGCGCUGCGGAUUUCGCCGGCAAUGGAUGCGCGGGAGCGCGCCAAGCGCUACGAGAAGCUCGACUUCCUGGGGGAGGGGCAGUUCGCCACUGUCUAUAAGGCCAGGGACAAGACCAAUAACCGAAUCGUGGCUAUUAAGAAGAUUAAACUGGGGCAUAGAUCGGAAGCUAAAGAUGGAAUCAACAGGACAGCCCUCAGGGAAAUAAAGCUGUUACAGGAGCUAAGCUAUCCAAAUAUUAUUGGUCUCAUAGAUGUAUUUGGACACAAGUCCAAUAUUAGCUUGGUGUUUGAUUUUAUGGAAACGGAUCUAGAGGUUAUUAUAAAGGAUACAAGUAUUGUGUUGACACAGUCUCACAUCAAGGCAUAUAUGCUUAUGACACUUCAAGGAUUAGAAUAUCUGCAUCAUCACUGGAUUUUGCAUAGGGAUCUUAAACCAAAUAACUUGCUGUUAGAUGAAAAUGGGGUUUUAAAAUUAGCUGACUUUGGCUUGGCAAAAUCUUUUGGAAGCCCAAAUAGAGUUUAUACACACCAGGUAGUAACAAGAUGGUACCGAGCCCCAGAACUAUUGUUUGGAGCUAGAAUGUAUGGUGUUGGUGUUGAUAUGUGGGCUGUUGGUUGUAUUUUAGCUGAAUUGCUCCUCAGGGUUCCUUUUUUGCCUGGAGACUCUGAUCUUGACCAGCUGACAAGGAUAUUUGAAACACUGGGCACUCCAACAGAAGAACAGUGGCCUGGGAUGACAAGUCUUCCAGACUAUGUCACAUUUAAAUCUUUCCCUGGAAUGCCACUUCAACAUAUCUUCAAUGCGGCUGGUGAUGAUCUGCUCAAUCUUCUUCAAGGCUUAUUCACAUUUAAUCCUUGCACUAGGGUUACAGCUACUCAGGCAUUGAAACAGAAGUAUUUCAGUAACUGACCAGGACCCACUCCAGGAAAUCAGCUGCCAAGACCCAAUGGUCCUGCAGAAGCUGUAAAGGAGCAACAAAAUGCACUUUUAAAUUUAAAAAGGAAAAAACCAGAAGGAAUAGAUUAAGGUAACCUCUUAAUAUUUCACUGAUUUUAAAAUAGGAGCUACAUGCUCAGAGAGAAUGGGAUAUUUUCAGUGUUUCAGAACACAAACUCUCUGAAUGGACUAAUUCCCUGGGCACCAACACCAGCUGAAACCCUUCAGUGAUUUGUGGUUUAGGAUAAAUGC